AUGGCGCGUGUCAAGGAAGCGGUCCUGAACAUGAAUCUUCUUAUUAUGGCCUGGGGCGUCGAGCAUUACUACGAGACCCACAACGGCGACGGGGACGAGCCCAGUGACAUGCUGGCCACAAACUGCGGGCGAAAGAGCCUCCGAUUCGUGAUGUCGGAGAUCGUCGCCCUCGCCCUGUGGAAGCAAGGGCUUUUCAGUCGCCCUUUCGUCCCUGACCUAUUGAGCCCUGGCCCUGACGUGACGUACGGCCUGGCAGAGAAGGCCCUGAUCGAGGUGCUGGAGAACAUGGCGGGUUUCUUUCCGUCCUCGACGCCUUCGCCAUCCGCUGGACCUUCUCCGGGCAAUACCGCCCACGACCUCGUCCGGGAGAAGGUUCUCAAGAAAGCUCCUUGGCUGGUCGAGAGCUUGGACGCGUUGGACGUUGACUCCGGCACCUGGCAAGAUACUCGUUUGCAAGUGUCCUCAGUUUCCUGUUCCUCUUAG